GCGUUAUUAAUGUCGUACUAUGCACCGUGUGACGCUGUAUACAAGAUUUUCACGGACAGAUCUGUGAAGAGAUCCACUGUUUUUGGUGUAGCUAAUGUUUACGAAAGCACAAAAUGCAAACGCUCCGGGAGGAACAGGGUUCCCCUCUUCCUCUGUCGUCUCUGCGUCUUUUUGUUCCUCCGCUGCGGCUGGUGUGUGCUGCUCUGUGGCAGGUGAUUGAGCGGAGAGACAUCAUGGACUAUGGGGUGCUGGAGGAGUUUGCCACCACUGUGUUGGAAAUAGUCCCUGAGCUGAUGAGUUACAGAGAGAGGGUCCAACUCCUCAUGGGACUGAGAGCACGGCUGGUUCUGGAGUUAUGUCGCUGUGAUGAUGAGUUGUGUCGCCCUGACACCGUUCAGCCACACCUGAACAGGAUGAGGAGCUGUAUCUCCAAUCAUAAGGGAGAGGUUUCAGAUCCAAAUGUGGAAGCAUCAGAGGCGAGCUUCACGAAGCUGAUUGAAACCCUGAUGGAGGAGCCAGAGGAGAGGGAACUCUUCUUCCAGAAUGUUUUUCCAGAAGAGUUCGGCCCCAAGUAUGACUCAACACUGCAGAUUCUUGUGUGGGAGUUCCUGUCCAGACUGGAGAAACUGCUUCCUGCUCCAAACCUUAAACAGACUGCAUCGUGGCUCAGCCUUGCCCCUGCUCUCUUAGAGGAGUGUGUGCAGUCUGUGGCUCACCCUGAGCCGUUACAGACACUCCUGCGUCACCAUAAAAAUCGAAAACAGUUAGACACCAAUGCUCUAAGGUCCACUGGUGGUGACUACAUCCUCUCUUCUCUGUCUGUCCCUUCUUCUGUGAAGGAAGAAAGUGCCUCUUACCAAGCUGGCCCAGAGAGACAGUCCUAUCCCACCAUGCAGGGAUAUCAAAGCCCUUUCCUAUGUGAUGAACCAGAGAUGAGUUGGGACUGCAGAAUGGCAGAUUGUAGGGUCUGGACCGUAAAGCCACCAGCUGGUUCUGCUUCUGUGGAGGUAGAGGUCGAGACUAUAGAGGACCCGACUGAGAUAACAGUUAAACGCAAGACAAUUGACAAAGAGUCGAUAAAAGAGACUAGGAGAGAAGAAGCUGUUUUCUGCCCUCAGACCCGCAGCGGGCUGAAAACCAGCCGCUUGACAGCUGCCUGUCUGCGCCGUCAGCCUGUACUGCGGUUGAACAGGCUUGACAUUAGCAAUAUGCCAUUACCCAAGUCCUUGCUAACACUGAUUUUAAGGCGAGGGAGACUGCAGGCUGAGGCGACAAGACGCCCAGGACCGAAAAGAAGAGGCAGAAAGAAAAAACGGAGAAGAGGACGUGGUGUUGCAAAUGAGAAGAUUGAAACAGACACACUUGAUGUAAGCGAUAUGCCGCUACCCAAGUCAUCACUAACACUGACCCUAAAGAGAGGGAUAGUGCAGGCUGAGGCGACGAGUUCCCAAGUACCGAAAAAAAGAGGCAGAAAGAAAGGACAGAAAAUAGGACCUGGUAUCACAAGAUUAAUGAUUGAAAAGGUUGGAGCACAUACGCUUGACAUUAGCGAUAUGUCAUUACCCAAGACCUCGCUAAAACUGAUUAUAAGGAGAGGGAAACUGCAGGCUGAGGCAACGGGUUCCCAAGGACAGAAAAGAAGAGGCAGAAAGAAAAAAUGGAGAAGAGGACGUGGGGUCAAAAAUGAGAAGACUGAAGCAAAGGGUGUGAAAAGAGAGCGCUCACCUGAAACUGAGGAAGAUGCUGAACCAUCAGAUAAUGAACUUUGGACCACUGUCAAUAAAGGGGCCACUGUCGAUGAGACUGGUGGAGUCCAUGCUUCUCCUCAUUGCCCAUCAUCUCAUAAGAGGGAGGAGGAAUUGCAACAGCCCAUACAGAACUUUCACUCAGAGGAGCAUGGUGGUCAUAUGGCCGAAGGGCAGAACAGAGCAGAACGCUCAGAGAGUGUACCUCAGGACUCUCAAACUCCUGAGCCAUCCAAUACCUCUCACAAAAGAAGCUUUCAUUCAGAGGAGCACAGUGGUCAUAUGGCCGAAGGGCAGAACAGAGCAGAACGCUCAGAGAGUGUACCUCAGGACUCUCUAACUCCUGAGCCAUCCAACAGCUCUCACAAAAGAAGCCAACGUGUCAAAGCAUGCUCCUUCUGUGGCAAGACUUUCACUGACACACUGGCCUUGACAAGACACAUGCGAUCUCACAUUGAGCAGAUGUCACAUCAAUGCACCCAGUGUGGACAAGACUAUGAAUUCAGUGAGGACUUAGAGGAACACCAGAAGAGUGGCUGUGAGGAGAUGAAGAAAAAGGAUAAUAGUGAGGAAAAUGGUGAUGACUAUUGUGGGGGAACUGUCCAGCAAAAACCAGAUCUGAAAAAAAACCCUGAUCUAAAAAGAGACAAAAAUACUGAUCUGAAAGGAGACAAAAAACCUGAUCUGAAAGUAGACAAAAAAACUGACCUGAAAGGAGACACACAAGACUGCUCCAUAAAGUGCCAUGUGUGCGGGAAAAUAACAACUCGUAUGCUGGGUUUGCGAAGGCACCUUCUAAUUCACUUCAACAAUGGAGCAUACAAGUGCUCUGUGUGUCCAAAGACUUUUAUAUCAAAUGCUGAUUUGAGAUCGCACCUGAGAUCGAAACGAUCUUGUAGGGAGAAAUGUUCUGAUGAAGUAAUUACUACCGGGCUCAACCUCCAAUCUGUCCCUGGUGAGUACAAGUGUCCUUACUGUGGGGACACUUUCCAGCUCCCAGAUGAUCUGAGAGGACACACAAAAGACUGUUCCAGAAAGUGCCAUGUGUGUGGAAAAACUACUGCUCGAAUGCUUGAUAUGCGAAGGCACAUGUUAAAACACUACAACAAUGGCCCCUACAAGUGCCCGGUGUGUCCAAGGACUUUUAUAUCCCAUACUGAUUUGAAGAUGCACCUAAAAACAAAAAAACUUUGUAGGGAGAAAUGUUCUGAUGUGAUGAUGAAUGAAUUACUGUCUUCAGCAGAUGGUAAAUGUAGGGAAAAUGUCAAUGAAACAAGGUGCCAACAACCAAGCUCCAACAACACAGGCAGGCCUUUGAAGAGCAUUGAAGAGUUCUUUGAAGAGUUCUCUCAUGACUUGCAGCAAUCUGAUAACAGCAUAAGUAGUGAAGUGAACCUGAAUAGCCUGAAUAGCCUAGAUGAAGACUACAGUGACGAGAUCAGUCAAUACCAACCCAUGAAGGAUGUUGACCUGAAUAGCCUCCAUGGAGACUCCAUAAUGACCACUGAAGACUACAGUGAUGAGAUCAGUCAAUACCAACCUAUUAAGGAUGUUGACUUGAAUACCCUCCAUGAAGACUACAGUCAGGCGGAGAUAAGUCAAUACCAACCCAUUAAGGACAUUGACCCAGAGGAGGACAGAAGGUCUGUGGAUGAUUCAGGGGGAAAUGAGAUGCCCAAUGUCAAAGAACCAAACUCAACUGAAGCCUUAACAGGGGAGCAGGUGUCCCAUACUGAGGCAAGCCCUCUCCAGGAUUCUCAAUCAGAGACAAGCGGAGAAGUGAAGAAUGAGAUACAGGUGAUACCGGUAUCGACAAUAGAUACGACAAUACUAAAGGCACUGCAAUUUGAGGUUUUAAGAAAAUGAUGGACUGCAACUUCCUUCCACUUUCCCUAUAUUUCAUUGUAUUGUAUGGCCAUAGCUCUCCUAAACCUGGGCCAGUAUUUACAAAGUGUCUCAGAGUAGGAGGGAUCUAGGAUAUGUUUUUCCUUUCAGAUCAUAAUAAGUAAGAGGAUCUGAUCCUAUAUCAGCAUUCCUACUCUGAGAAGCGUAAGGAAUAUGGGCCCAGAUUGGAAGGCAAAUGGAGCACCAACAUGUUGCUGUAACAAGAGUGAGUUCCAUCCCACCCUCUCUCUGUACACAACACUUGCCACUGAAGUCAACCGUGCUGACAGACGGAGCUUGUUACUCAAUGGGAAACAGUUGGCGUAAGAUCUCUGUGAGGGUGACACCCCAUGAUGGCUACCAAUUCCAGCCUGCUAGUUUCACCACUGCCCUCAUUCCCUAGUAGUCUGCUACAGCCGACUGUAACCGGAGUCACGGCACCAUUGUAACAGAGUGAGUUCUGUCCCCACCUGGGACACAGACUCUGAGUUGCCGUUGGACGGGGCUGAAAUGACAUUCCUUUUUUGUUUGUUUUUGUUUUUACUUAAUGUAAAAAUGUGAGAAUUAUAUCUUCUUUCCCCUUUCUCUCCUUCUCUAUCAUUAAUUAUUAUCCACUUUUAUAACACUUUUAUAACACGUUAAUAUUAUGUGAUGUCACUGUAUACUGUAAGUUACUUUGGAUAAAAGUGUCUACGCCAUCUAGUAUUAUCUAUCUAGUAUUAUCUACAUGUUUAUCCACCUUGUUUUGAAGUUUACAUAGGUGUGAUACAUUUCAAUUCAUUAAAGAAACCAUAUGAAAAGGCA